UGACCAGCUGCAUGACAUACUCGGAGCUAUAAAAGAUUCGAGCCAUCCCAGUAGGGUCUCACGUGUAAGUUGAAAUCAGCCAGCUUUCCGCUUCUUCCUACGUCUUCACACCAUUUUUCCAUUGCAAGAACCAUCUUCUCAUAUCAGAUAUCAAUCUGUUGCUCAGAAUGGUGACUAUCACAAGAGCCACGACGCGCGAUGUACGCUUUCCAACCUCCCUAGACAAGACGGGCAGCGAUGCCAUGAACGCUGCCGGCGACUACUCGGCCGCCUAUGUCAUUCUUCAUACGGACUCGGAACAUAGUGGCCAUGGCAUGACCUUUACCAUUGGCCGUGGCAACGAGAUUGUCUGCUCAGCGAUUGCCGUGCUUUCUGAACGUGUCAAGGGCAAGAAGCUCGAAGAGCUCGUAGCAGACUGGGGCAAGACCUGGCGGUAUCUAGUCUCAGACUCGCAUCUCAGAUGGAUUGGGCCAGAAAAAGGAGUAAUUCAUCUCGCACUAGGCUCUCUUGUCAACGCUAUCUGGGACCUCUGGGCCAAAGUGCUGGGUAAGCCUGUGUGGCGUAUCGUGGCGGACAUGAGCCCAGAGGAUUUCGUCAAGUGUAUCGACUUCCGAUAUAUCACCGACGCCAUUACACCUGAGGAGGCCAUCGCUAUGCUGAAGAAGGAGGAGCCGGGCAAAGCGCAGCGUAUGAAAGACGCCGAGGCUAAUCGAGCAGUACCCGCAUACACAACUUCCGCUGGUUGGCUCGGUUACGGCGAGGAUAAGAUGAAAGGCUUACUGCAAGAAACUUUGUCGAAGGGUUACAGGCACUUCAAGCUGAAGGUCGGCACCUCAGUCGAGCAGGAUCGUAAGCGAUUGACAAUCGCUCGAGAUGUGAUUGGGUACGAUAAGGGUAAUAUUCUCAUGGUUGAUGCCAACCAGGUGUGGUCAGUACCGGAAGCGAUCGAGUACAUGAAGCAGCUUGCGGACUUCAAACCUUGGUUCAUUGAGGAGCCAACAUCGCCUGACGAUGUUUUUGGGCACAAGGCGAUCCGUGAGGCGCUGAAGCCAUACGGUAUUGGUGUCGCGACGGGCGAGAUGUGUCAGAACCGAGUCAUCUUCAAGCAGUUGAUUGCACAAGGGGCGAUCGAUAUCUGCCAGAUUGAUGCAUGCCGAAUGGGUGGCGUGAACGAGGUCUUAGCGGUCCUCCUCAUCGCGAAAAAGUACGGUGUCCCUAUCGUGCCGCAUAGCGGUGGCGUAGGUCUGCCGGAGUACACCCAGCAUCUCAGCACCAUCGACUACGUAGUCGUGUCCGGGAAGCUGUCGGUAUUAGAAUACGUUGACCAUCUGCACGAGCACUUCUUCCACCCAGCUGUGAUUAAAGAUGGCUACUACACGACACCCACCGACGCCGGCUACUCGGUUGAGAUGCGGCCGGAAAGCAUGGAUCGAUAUGAGUUCCCAGGCAAAGAGGGAGUUAGCUGGUGGCGGAGCGAGGAAGCCAAACCAAUAUUGGAGGGUGAUAGAAUAUAGCACACAGAAAGCGGAAGUCCGUACGGCUCAAUUGACCAUUACAAACCUUACGUCCGUAACGACAUCUAUCCGUGAUGCUAGCUUGGCUGGCUUGUUGAUUUAUUGACGGAUGUGGAAAAGAGGAUGGUAACGCUACUAGCAAUCAUCAGCUUGUCGAGGAUUCAAUAUCCGAUUCCGAGCUGAGAGCGUACCGUUGAGCCGCAAGGGCCACCCAGAACGCCUAAAAGAGGCGAGCAUUAUAAACAGUGCCG